AUGAAUCCAACAGCUGAUUUUUACAAACUGCUUGGUGUUGACGUUAACGCUUCUGCAGAAACCAUCCGUCAAGCUUACAAACGAAAAGCUCUCGAGUGGCAUCCAGAUAAACGCGACAAUGAUAUUCAUGCCGAAACUAUGUUCAAAGAGAUCAAGAAAGCAUAUGAAACAUUGUCCAACGAGUCCACCAAGUUUACAUACGAUUUAAAACGAGACGAAGACGAUGAUGAUAAUGAUACUGACACAGUCUUUCAAGAUACGUUUCAACUACCUCAUGGCAAGCGACCAUCUCAAUUUUAUGAAGAGAAAAUUACUAGAUGGGUCAAUGAAUAUUCAAACCAUAUGUUUAAGGACAAUUUUGAAAACGAAAUUAAAAAUAUUACAAACGUUAUUUUGAAGAAAUACAAGCAUGAAGCAAGUAUUCAAUGCAGUAGAGUAGUUUGCUCUGUGUGUUGUAAAUACUGUGAUGAUAUGUAUGAACACAUGCAAGCAAUGCAAAUGAAUUGCAAUAAUUAUCUGCGAAAAAUCUGUAAAUCCAUAUCACUCAAUGAGCUGUUAGCUUCGCUGGCAGAAAAUGAUUGGUCAUGGAAACCCAUUGAACUAACAUCAUCGACUUGCAAAGAACUUUGGUUCAAUCCACAUUGGUCUUCUUUUGAAAAACUCAUUAAUGAACUUUUACCGGUAGUGGAUGUUCUCCGAAGUACUAAAACUAACUUCACAAAAAUACGAAAAAAGAGUGAUUAUAUGAAAGUUGAGAAAAUUGUUCAAUCUAUUUGUGAAAAAGAACCGAUUAUUCAUAAUCCAAAUCUAACUCCACUCAAACAAAUAAUCGAUGCGGAACAUCGAACAUAUCGAACCGGUAGUGAUGCGAAUUCUGCUCAGUAUUCAACAGGCGAGCAAAUUUGCAUUGUAGAAAAUUCUGAUCGAAACGAGAUUCUUAGGCCAUUAAUGCUUGUCGUACAGUCGCCGCCAAUUAAAAGUUCUGAACAACCAAAGUGUUCUUCCUGUUCGAAAAGUUUUGGAUUUUUUCGAAGACGAUAUUGGUGUCGUAUGUGUGGUAACAAUCAAUGUGGUGAUUGUCAAACUUGGCAAACUUGUCGUCAUUUAGGAUAUACAACUCCAAUUUCUAUUUGUCGUCAAUGUGCUUCUCUAAGAAAAUCGAUUUUAAUCAAUAUCAUCUUUGAACACAUUCAACAAUUACUGAAUAAACACAUCAGCAGUGAACAUCUAAUUGUGUAUAUUCAUCUGCUCAAACACUAUUGUGCAUCUGAUACUCGUAAUGAACAAUUAUACAAGCAAGCAAGUGAAUAUUUUCUAUCCCAGAAACAGUUUUCAAAUGCUAUUCAAUGCUACAAUGUCAUGUCAUCAUCACAUGAAUCAUGGUUUAGACUUGCUGAGCUACUGUGUACUUAUUCAGAAUAUCAAUAUGCAUCGCUUUGCUUUAAUGUUAUCUCAGAACAUUGCCACUACGAGUCGCAUAAAUGGGAUCAAAUAGGUGACGAUUAUCUUACGAAAGGUAAUGCCAUUUUGGCUCUGCUUAGCUAUCGAAAAGCAAAUAUAAGUAUUGAGGAGAUUUGGCUAAAAACUUUAUACGAAAAGAAACUCAAUGCGGAUGAUAGUGCACUGUUUAUCUUCUACACUACAUUUCAAAAACAGACUUCGAAACAAUUGAAAGAAUGGACAAAAUGGUUGAGUGAACAGAUACAAGUUGAAGGUUAUAUGCUAGCCGCUAUUUCCACUCUUCAGUUAGCAAAUUUUUCCACUCAAGAAUGGGCCAUCGUUUUAAAUGAUCUGUCUAAUCAUCAUCAUUUUAUGACAGUGACAUCCAUAUGA